GAAGAAAGGUAAAAAACGAAGCCAAACAAACCAAAACACUCCCCCGCCAAGGAGCUUGCCGUGGCGCCAGGCCAGGCACGACGGGCCUCCCCUUUCCCCCGCUCCCCGGAAGGGCAGGGAGCCCGGCGGGCCGCCCCCGCGGCCACGAUCUCGGCCUUUGCGGCGCUGACUCACGGCACCGCCGCACGACUCCGGCCUUUCACGCCGCGCUCGCCGCGCCUUGAGUCACGCCGCCCGCCCCCGCCGAGGCGGAGAGGCGGAGCGGCAGCGGCGGGAGGGGGGACACCGCGCCGCGUACAAAGCGGCGCCGCCGCCGCCGAGGUCGCAGCGACGGCGGCAACCCGCGUGUGGGAGCGGCAAUGGAGGGAGCCGGGGCGCUGCUGGCCCGCUGCCCCGCCGGCGGGCUGGGCGUCACCGUCUGCGCCGCCGCUGCCGGGCUGCUGCUUUACCGCAUCGCGCGGAGGAAGAAGCCCACGCACGUGACGGUGAACUGCUGGUUCUGCAACCAGGACACGGUGGUGCCCUACGGGAACCGCAACUGCUGGGACUGCCCCAACUGUGAGCAGUACAAUGGCUUCCAGGAGAAUGGAGACUACAACAAGCCCAUCCCUGCUCAGUACAUGGAACACCUUAACCAUGUUGUGUCAGGUGCUACGACUUUCUGUGAUCCCUCCAAACCACAGCAGUGGGUGAGCAGCCAAAUUCUGCUUUGCAAGAAAUGCAACAACCAUCAAACCACAAAGAUCAAACAACUGGCUUCAUUCUCACCAAGGGAGGAGGGCAAAUAUGAUGAGGAGAUUGAGGUGUACAAGCACCACCUGGAGCAGACCUACAAGCUGUGCCGUCCCUGCCAGGCUGCUGUGGAGUAUUACAUCAAACACCAGAACCGGCAGCUCCGGGCACUGCUGCUCAGCCACCACUUCAAACGCCGGGAGACAGAUAAGACCUACUCUCAGAAUUUAUGUUCAUCCUCCUCUGCUGCUUCCAUAACCACACCAGCUCAGGUGAUACUACUACGGUUCUUGGCCUUCCUCAGCUGUGCACUCCUGGUUCUGAUGGCCUUGUACGGGUCAGGCAACCCCUUCUCACUGAGCACAGCAGUCCCUGGCCCUGUCUCCUCUGGCCCAGCAUCCCUUCAGAACAGGACUGGCACAAGCUCACCUGCAGACUUGGAAAAUGACACAUCAGUGACAAUGGCAGGCUGGCAGGAGCUGCUCCACCUGCUGCCAGAGCAGAUGGUGGAGAAGCUGAGUGCUGCAUGGGCUUAUGGCAAGAAUCAUCAGAUGGCUGUUGCUGUCCUUGGGCUGUUCACCUGCCUCUUGGCCAUGUUCUUGGCUGGACGCAUCAGGCUGCGGAGAAUUGAUGCUUUUGCUUCAGUCCUGUGGUUCGUAGUGAUGAGUCUGCAUUUAGCUGAGAGGUACCUGAAGAUGGAAACACCCAGCUGGCUCGACACAGCCAAAUUUGGCACCACCUCCUUGUGCUGCUUGGUGGGCUUCACCGCAGCCGUGGCCACGCGGAAGUCAACAGGCCAGCGGAGACACCGGCCCCGAAGGUACCUUGCUGGGGAUUCAGUUACCCUCUUCCCCAGUGGCACUGGGACUGGCUUCACUUCCUCUGCUACGUCUCUCUUUGUCCCAACACCACCCAGUAUUCUUCAGCUGACAAACCAACAGCUCUUCAGACCUCCACACAGAACUACUUCUUCCUCUCUUCCUGGUCGUCUCAACAGGGCACUCUCACUGGGUACCAUCCCCUCCUUGGCCAGAGCAGAUUCUGGCUACUUGUUCAGCGGCAGUCGGCCAGCCUCGCAGUCAUCUCAGUCCAAGGAGUCUCCUACAUCAGAACACUUCUCCCUGCUGUCAGGCAGCUGUGCUCUCUCCCGCAUCCCUUCCCCGGCCCCGUCGGUGGCUGGCUCUGUGACCUCCAGCUCGGGCUCCCUGCGCUACCGCCGGCCGCUCAUCAGCCCUGCCCGCCUCAACCUGAAAGGACAGAGGCUGCUGCUGUUCCCAUCUCAGAAUGAAGCUCUGCUCACCCCAACUGGCUCAGAGGAGCACACUCACUCAGACAGCACCAUCUUUCCCACUGAGCUGCCCUCCUUUCCAAAGAAGAAGCUCAGCGAGCAGGGAAUGCACGAUAUGAGAUCUGCUGUGGAAGGAGGGAGUAUCUGCAGUGAUAAUUCCAUCAAAAAGGAGGAUCACUCAUCACACUCAUCUACCUGUGUGGUAGACACAACCACCAAAGGGGAGGAUUUGGCAGGCUGGAGAGGUCAUUUUGGUAACUCGGCACUGCGAGGUCUGCUGGCCGUGAGCCUGACUCUCAAUGCUGUCUUCACAUCAGCCUAUGUCUACCGGAGCCUGCGCUGACUCCUGCCCACAUUCCCUUUCUUUCUGGUUCCGUCUGCUCCUGAGGAGACAAGAAGAAUCCAGGCAUGGCUCCAUGUCUAAUAGCCAUGCCACUGGUGCAUGCUGUUUUACAAAACCCAAACCAAACUACUGUAUGCUCAAUGGUUGUGACAAGGAACCCAGGUAGCUGCUGCCGUCACUUCCAGACAGAACAUAUCAGGAGGUUGUCCCUGGAGGUGGCAGGCAGAAUGUCCAGAAAGCUCCAGUUCAAAGGAGAGGCCAGUCAAGUGGCCCAUCUGCUUGCUUUCAAAGGAACUGACCUGAGACACAAGCCUGAAAACGUCUAAGCUACAUUUUUUUAGGAACCUGCCCCCAGAUCUUCUUUCUGAUUUAUUAACUUCAUGCUGAUGGUGCUGGUAAAGUGAGGAGAAUUAGAACAAACGAGUUGGAGAAGAGAGGUGGCUUAGUAGCUGAUGCUGGGCUUUGGCUACUCUAACAGCAUUCCCAGUGACUCCUCUUUUCCCUUUGGCUCUCUCCUCUAAAUUAUCAGUGGAUUUUCUUUAGUUGCCUUAAGCUUGCCUAAGCACAUGGGUGACCUUGGCUGCUCUGUCAUAUUCUUGCAUCUUUUCUGUGUCCCUGUGCUUCCACCUGGACUCUGCCCUGAGGUCACUUCACCAGCAGCCAUUCUGGUCAUGCUGGUUCUCAGAAACUACUCUCUGUACAUACCUCCAGCCAGCACUGUUGCUGUAAGUACACACAGACCCCAGACAGAUGCUUUUGUGGUUUAUAUUAGACAGAGGAAGCCUUUGCUUUGCUUUACCCAGGAGGUAUUAAUUCUGUUGCAAUUAAUUCUGUAAUAAGGAAGGAUCCCCCUGUGAUUUGCACCAUAGUCAAAGGGCUUCAUCUCACAACUGGCUGCUGGUGUGGCUGAGGCAGCCAGUGGCUUAGCUUGUUCUUGCUGUACAUCACACAAAUCUGUUCUUAGAAGGUACCUGAGGAGCUGUCUGUGCAUAUUUGUCCAGAAGCCUCAGCCUGAUGUUGGGAUUUGCUAAGUAAACAUUGAAGACAUUUCUUACUUAGCUAAAUGCCAAGGUGCUCUUGGUAAGAAAUACCAAACCUGCUUCUGGACAGUUCAGCUUUCUGCAUUGGUUCUUCUUUUCUAAGCCAACAGAAGGAGUCCUAGAUUUUCAAAAGCAGUUUGUAACUUGGACACUUCUGCUUUUGGGUGAUCUUCAGCAGAAUUCAGGGGCCAUUUUAGAGUCUUGUGCUGAAUACUCAAUAUCAUUGAGUACAUUGCACCAAAAAUAGCAUCCUGAUCUUUAUCUUUUAAUUCUUAAAUCCCAAGUGCAGAGAGAAGAUUUACCAACGUAAAAGGAUACCUGGUGAAAAGGGAGCCAACUGACAUUAGCUAUGCAUUUGCCAAGGCAGGACUGACUCUGUUAAGAGUUUUUCUAUUCUCUUCUGUUGGGCUCCUUCACCUCACACUUUGCUCUUUCCUCUCCCUCACCUCAUUGUCCUGUGCUUGCAUCUUCAGUGUAAGUGUGACACUUCUGUGUGGUUUUGGUUCUGCUGCUGUUCCCUCUCUUGUGCUCUUGCAUGUGCACAGAAACUAAACAUAGCACUCCUGAUAAUUCCUGCUCUGAACCCAAAUUUCACCCUUUCUUUCACUUCAUUUUUUCUAACUUGCAUGUUUGAGUUCCUGCCACAGCUUCACUAGUACCUCAUGUGAGUGACAGCCAGGCUCCAGUCUGCAUGCUCUGUGACAGAUUCAGUGGGGCUUGCAGUUGGGUGAUUCAAGCACUUGAAAAAUUAAGUCCCUCUUUGUCUCUUCCGUUUCUUCCUGCACUGUUUCAGCAGCCCACUUCCAGCUGCUGCUCCGCACCCUCCCUUGUCAGUGAGACCUCCUCCGCAUCUUGCAGGCAGAGGACAGACCCCUGCCCACGUGUGCUGAUCUGAAGGGCUGUGGGGAUGUCACUCCUUACUCUGCAUCUUCUUCCCAGCCUUUUUAGAGUAUUGGUAAAGGGCUGCACAGCCAGCACCUCCUGUACAAAGCCUAGCUCCGAAAUAGGGACCUGCAGCAGAAAGAUCCAUUGCAGGUUCGUGAUUGAUUUGUAACGUGCAUGAGUUGUUACUUGUAGCCAAACCGGGCCCAUACCCUUGCUGUUAGGAGGUUUUUGUCCCUUGCAUAGAGUUCUGCAGGCUCACUAUAGGCAAGAUGCUAGCAAACCAACUCACUGGCUUCUGUUUAGACCUCUGCUGUUUGAGUUUGAUGAUGUCCUGGUGCAGCUUGUGACAUCCCACUGGUGGAUCCUUGUCCUGACUUCCAGCACACCCAGGGGCCUUCUGUGCAGAGACAAGCCUGCCAGAGAAGACUGGGGGUUUGCUUGUCUUUAUUAUGCCAACAGAUGUGCACUGUGACUUCAUGUAUGCAAACUUUCCACUUCCACCUCCCAGUCUGCGCUCAGUUUCAGCAUCAUGCUCACCUGGAGUCCCUGUGUUGGUCCCUGUCUCUACCAGAUUGCAAUACAAAUUCCUCCUCCUUUCCAGCAACCAGGAGCUGCAGCCUCUCAACACACCUCUUCUUGCCCAUACUCCAGAACAGAAACACUGCACUUCUCAAUCUGCUCACUGCAAACUGUUCUUGGAAGAGUGUUUGGCGACCUUGUCCAAAGCAACAGAAAGACUUUGGAUUUUACUGCUGAAGAGGGAAGACAACCAACUUUUCAUUCUGGUGCUAGAACACCCUCCAGUGGUGCUUUCACAGUUGUGAAGCCUUUGCUUGACUAGUGCACAUGAGUGUGUGUGGGUGAGCGUGUGUGGGUGCAUGCAUAUGGACACAAACAUUUGGAGGGUUUCUUCAUUUCAAAAGAUCUGAGCCCACGAUUGUCUUUCUAUUGUUGGCCUUAAUCAAGCUCUUGGAUACUGUGUCUCUCUUGCUGCUCUUUUCUAUAUGAAGCUGGUUUGGAGGAAACAAAAAGAUUAUCUGGUCCCCCUGUGAAAAUCUCUGUGGCUGAUGAUCUUGAUCUUCAUACAGUGCUGUUCAGGAGUGAGAUUUUAUUUUUCUAGUAAUUUUUCCUACUGCAAAGACUGUUGGAGUGUUUGGAAUGGAAAAGUUCUUUACAAAAUGGCCUGAGAAGGAUUGGAGCAUUGCUUAAUAAUACCAAGAAUUAACGAUGGGUUGGGAUAUAAAAGAGCUCCGUUUCCAGAGCUUUUCCAUUGCCUACCCUCCCUUGAAACCAUAACAGCCAGGUACUUUUUCUUUGGGUAUGGAUUUGCUGGACACGUUCUGAGACCUUGCAGAGACUUUGGAUGACUUUGGCCUGCCAAGGUAGGAAGAAUUUGGAAUCUGAUGUCUGGUUCUAGUCCUGCAGCCUGGAUUGCCUAGCAGAUAUGACUCUGCGCAUAUCUAUUGGAUAGGACAGAGAGAGCUGGUAGAAUGGGUGGCUGACUUCUGGAGGCCAUCAUAUCUUGUCACAUCAAAUCUUAGACAUGGAACUGGUCACUGUGGCAAUGUGAAAACAACCUCCUUGCUGGCCCACCAAGGCCAGAUUCACUGAACUGUAGGCUGUUUGCUCAAGCAACAAAUUUGGCCUGUGAAUGUUUUAUUCCUGCUCCCUCUUCUUGGGUGAUAGGAACACUGCUGAACUGACUGGGUUCCUGACAGGGCAGCUGGAAUCAAGGGCUUGUGUUGCCUCUGGAUGCUGCUAUAGAUUUUUUUUUUUCUUCCAAACACCAUUCCUGGAAAUAACUAUGGUCUUAACCUCCCUCACAGACAUCUGUUAAAGCCUAAACAGGGCCAGUUUGGCCAAUACUUUCAUUUUGGAAAAUACAUGUGGCAUCCAAAAACUGUCAUCACUGUGUCCUGUGGUGGGAGUGAGGGACAGAGUACUUUUGGAUGGAGUGGUUAUCUAGAGAGGGUGAAAGGGACAAUUUUGAGUCCUAAACCUUAUUUCCUGUGAAAGAAACACUGUAUGUCAUGUGUGUGUACUUGUUUGGGGAGCUCUGACACUGUACAGUUUAGUUACAUGCGCUCCAAGGGAGGAGAAACUGUUCCUCAGAGGUUUUUAGUUCAUGCUUUGUGUUUAAAGAGGAAUAUUUUUCUUUAAAAAAUAAAAACUAAUAAGUUUUCA